AUAAUUCUAUAAAGUAAAUAUUACACGCACUUCCGGAAAACCUGGUCGUCAAAAAUGUUUUUACUUUUUUUUUUACUUGUAACAUGAAAAAAGCCCACAUUAAAUCAAACAACACUUACCAGUACAUGCAAGUGGUCUAUUUAAAGCACUGACUUACGUCAUUUUGGCAAUGUCAUAUAUCAAAUGAUUCAUAGAUAAGAUAUUUUAUCAUCUACUAGCUAAUAUCAUGUUUCAAAAUCAAUUUAGAAAUCAAAGUUUAAAUAUUGGACUAGCUGGGAGACUUUUUUUAACCAGAGGGUGAUAUAAGCGCCGACUGAAAAUUACAAACAUCUACAAUAUUAAUAAUGGACAAGAAGAUGACAAAGCCAUUCAUGUAUAUAAGGAAUGCUGAGAUGUUAAACGAUUCACAAGGAAGAGAGGCAAAUGCGCAUAAAGAGGCUGAUGACAUAAUAAAAACAAUUAUUCCAGACACUGAGGAUGAAAAAGAUGAAGACGAAGGCGUAAAUCACAGAAUGGAAGAAACGAAGAACGACAGUAAGGUCCAAAGCAAUUGGACAGACCAAAUUGUAGAAGUUUUCAAAAGCGGUCCUCUUAAGUGGAAACCUACGUUUGACAAGAAACAUAAAAGUUCCUGUGACAGAAAGGCAGUAUCGACAUUCAUUGUAAAUACGUAUGAUGUAGGUGACAACUGUACUAAAACGAAUUACCUGUGCGGACAAACCGAAGCUGCAAUAAAGGCAGGUUCAGAAGGGCAUGUCCAAAUUUCUGUUGGUAAGACGAACAUAGCGACAGUAAAAUAUGAUGCAGAUAUUAAAGGAAACGUCAAAUUGUAUCACCAAGGUUUAGUUUACAAACGUUCGCAAACAGACGGGAAAGAAAGAGAUAUAAAGAUUGCGAACUGCGCAGCUAAAGAAGAAAUUGUUGGAAACCUUCAGGGGUCUGCAGAAUUCAACGCAUUUGAUUACAAAUGGAAAGUUGAAGCAGAAGCAAAGGGCAAUACAAGCGGAAACGUAUCCUUUGUCGGACUUAAUGGUAAUGUUAAGAAGACUCCCAAAGGAAUAGAAGGACAUACAAAACCUUUGCAUGUUAAGACUGGAGGUAAAGCAAAUUUUCAAGUAAAAGGUUCAGUCGGAAAACAAAAAGUUAAACUGAAUGCUAAAGCUAAAGGAAAAGUUAAAUUCAAAGCUAUUGAUGGAAAGUUUGUACUCGCAGCAAAGAAACCGGAAGAUGGUGGUAUAUAUAUCCCUGGAGUACACGGAACUUUAGGAGAGGUAAAGGCAAAAGGUGAGGCAGACUUUAAAGGCAAGGAAAUGAACGAAAAGGCUAAAGCCUCUGGUGAAGCUAAAUUACCUGGAAUGCAAUUCAGGACAUUAAAUGUUGAUAUGAGGCGCGAGAAAGAUAACGGUACCACUGUAAAAACAAAAGCAAGUGUCGUGGGAGCCAUACUGAAUGUCCUUAACCUUGAAGCAGUCGGAAAUAAAAAAGGCAAUAAAGCUGUAGCCUAAGCUGCAGUAAAAGGAGCCAAAGUCAAUAUAGCGAAUGCUUGUGUAACCGUAGUAGAUAACAUAAGUGUAAAUGGCGUAAGAGCGAAAACAGGAUUUUCUGUGGAUAUAGGAAAUAUAACAGCAAAAGGAUUAGGUCCAAAGGGUGAAAAGUAGGGAUGGGAACGAAUAUUCGAAUAUUCGAAUAUUCGAAAAUCGGUCGAAUAUUCGAAUAUGAAAAUCAAAUUCGAAUAUUCGUAAAAAAAUUUCAAAAUAAGUAUCAUUGGUUUUGGGCAAUAUGAGCAUGCUAAUUCUACAGAAUAAAACCAUUUCAUGUUGGUUUAUCGUGUAUCAAAAGAUGUCCAAUUAACAAGAAAAUAGCAAUGCAUAUUUGGCAGGGACCAUCGUUAAGGUUUAACAGUUUGCAACAGGCGUCAAUGUGUCAGAUGCAUGUCAAAAGAUGUCCAAUUAACAAGAAAAUUGCAAUGCAUAAUUACCUGGGGUCAUCGCUACGGAUUAACAGUUUGUAUCAGGCGUAAAUGUGAUAUCUUUUUAUCUUUUGUUCAUUUUUAUUGGCGCCUGUUUUAUGCAACAAGUUGUAGAUUUUUUUUUCGAAAACAAUAUACCAAACUUGUAGACAUUGUCGAUCUUUUCACAAUAUUUUGUACGACGUUUCAGACCAUCCACAGAAUCGGUUUUCAUCGGCAAUCGGUCGUAUUCGAAUUAAAUUCGACGUACUUUAUAAUAAAAUCAAGAAAUAACAUAUGAUUGAUGUAUAAGUUCAUGUUGAAGGAGGUUUACUUGCUUUUUACACGACGAUUUUUACACGCCGAUUGAAAAUUUUCAAAAUGGCGGCGGUAAUACAACAGCGCGUCACGUGUUUGAAUUGGACGACCUAGAUAAAAUUGCGACGGUCUAAAUUAUAAUCGUUUUGAGUUUUUAUAUCAUUUUGAAGCUAAAACACUGAACUAGUUAAAUAUGUUCAUGAUUAUACUGACAGAAUCGUGAAAUAAAACGCUAGGAUCGGCAGGUUUUGCUAGUUAGGAUCAGGUUACCCGAAACAAACAGUUUUUGACAUUGUUACGUACGAUGAUCCACGCUUAAAACAAAUGAAUACAUUGUGUAUAUACCAAUCACUUAAUAAGAAUUUAAAGCUUCCAUUAAAACAAACCGAAUAUUCGAAUAUAUUCGAAUAUGGCAAACCGAAUAUUCGAAUACUGAUUUCAGUAUUCGUUCCCAUCCCUAGUGAAAAGGCUUUAGUAGACCACAGCUGGUGUGCAAAUGUUUACCUUUUCGUUAGGAAUCGCUAGAGAUAAUGGAGUGUCUACAAGUACAAAGGUUUCGCGUUUCAAUACCAAUCUUCCGAAGCUGGACUACAGUAUGGGAAGAGGAGGAUUUUAUUUCGGCAUUCCGUUCUUUAGCAGAAGCGGUAGUGGCGGUGGCGGUGGCGAUGGAGGUGGCGGAAAUGGAAAUGACCCCAAUACCGGAGAGGGCAGAGAAGGGAACAGUUUGAACAACAAAGAGGAUGUGCGAAACAAUCCAUGUGACUCAGAAACGAAAUCUAACAAAAACUGAAAGUAACACAUGGACUUAAUACAAGCUCGGAUUCACACACCGAUUCAUCGAAUAUAGUAGGACAAAAAGCUGGUGGUAUAUAUGGUGGGGAUAAAUCUGAGAGUACAUUUGGAUUUGGUACCAAAAAGGCGAGCGAUGCCGGUCAUAAAGAUUCUAGCAUUUAUAAGACAGAAAAUUUCAAAGCAGUCCAGAACGGUGCAGUUGGCAAUACUAACGAAGUUUUUGCGAAAUCCAACUUCGAUCAAUGGUCAGAGUAUAUUGAAACUUUGCAAAACGAAACUAUUCAAAAGUUAUAUGGACAUCAGGAAAGAUCUGAGAGUGCCUCUAGAGAAUGUUGGCCUUGUCAAGUAUCAGACAAUGGAGUGAUGACCAAGCACUAUGAACAGAAGGAUUUACAAGGUCAGGUCUUUGAAAACAGUGCGUUCGAUUAAAGGGGAAACAUAACUCCUUCAGAUGAAGACGACUUAUUAAUAGUAAUAGAUGAAGUAGAAGAAGAUGAUGCAUAGUCAGUCGUCAAAUCAUUAGAUGCAGAAGAGGUAGUUCCAGAUCAGCCGUUUACUAAAAGGAUGUCUGACUAGUGUAAUUGUGAUAUAAAACAAGUGGCAUUCGUCAGUUCCGGACCAAUAUCUAAACUCCAGAAUAACACCUUCGGCGAACACAUGCAGAGAAAUACGAUAUCAGAAGCAUCAACGCCAAAAGUUUGGAUGGAACAUUUUACGCCUUCAGUUGACACUGUAUCUCAUUAUCAAAGGUCCAUGGAUCUCACAAGAUCGAAUUAUAAUGCCAGUCACGGUUUUAUUAAAGAAGAUGAAUGCACUUAAAAAGAAAGCAAAAACCAAAGAAACCUUUUGGAGCAAACAAAAACAUCCAUACCAUAUUUAACUUUGAUGGUGCCGCAGCAAAACCUGUAAAGUAUCUAAAGGAUAAUGUCUUUUGGUGACGAGUGAUAAAAACUAUAAGAAUAAGCAAACUUUAUAUGACAACAUAUAAACAGUAUUUUUGUACGUUUUUUACGCUUAAACUUUUUCAUAAUGUUUUGCAGACUUCAGUAGACCUCUUUUGUUUUUCUUUUAAAAAUGUUUGUACAUUUUUUGAUUAUCUAUUACGCAUGUAGAUUCGUGAUUUUUGAAUCCGAUAUAGCCACUUACUACAUACGUUCUUUCAAUGUUGUCAGUGUUUUCCUAUUUCAUAAUGUAUUGUGACGUCAUUCUCUAUAUAUUUAGGCCUCAAUAUGUUUCCUUGGCGCAUGACGACAUUUUUGACGUCUUUUUGAGUGUGUGCCGUGUGAUUAACUGUUAACAUUAAUAUUCAUAUUACGCAUGCAAAGGAACAAAUGUUCAUAUGAAUAUAACAGAAUGACAGAAUGAUCAAUUUACUUUUUUCCAUUCAACAAGAAAAGAUAAAGUAAUAUUUCUAUAUACAUGUAUUACGCAUUGUUGAAUAAAUUAUAUUAAUCACAAACGUUAAUUAAUACUUAUAAAAUAUGACUGUUUAGCAUUAUUUUGCAAUUUUUAGAAGCAAGUGCAUAUUUCCUGGUUCGACGGUACUUCAAAAAGUGUGUUCAUUCCUUUUAUAGAGUAUCCCCCUUUUAAUUUACAUGAAAGAAAAUCUCAUAAUUUGUUAAAGGUUCGUCUUGAUAUUUAAUCUGACAUUAUAAUCUGUUAACAAUACUGAAAUGAAUAUUUGCUUUGCGAGUUCCAAAUUGUUAGAUAUUCAAACUUAAAAGGGUAACAAUCCUUUUUCAGAUGAGAUAUUUAGGUACAUUUGGACCUGUUUCUUUUAAUGUUUUCAUAGGUAGUCUCGCUUUUUGCAAUCCUAUGAGCCUUCACCUAUAACAAUAUACAAAGAAUUUAUUUGGACUUUUCACUUUUUGGCUUCGAGGCUAUAACCCGUUGCCUUAUUUAAAGUGGGCUGGGUAAUUUAUUAACUCCCCGUUUUUGUUUUUGUUUUUGUAAAACUGUACAUGAAAGUAUACAAAAUACAUUUAUUAUAAAUAGAUAGUUUACAUCGAAAGGUUUCAGUACUUUUUGAUGGUGUUGUUUUUACGUUAUCAAAUCAUAAUUAAUCGGUUGUUAUAUGUACUUUCCUUUAAACAAACACUACAACAAUAUAUCAAUAUCGUGCAAUGCAUCUUCAAGCCCUGUUGAAAGAUGCGAGUUACAGCAGUAAGAGGGUUUCGAGGCCGCUUUCUGAGACAUAAAAAUACUUUUCAGAACAGGUAUGAUAACGGCAAAUAAUGCAUUAAUCGCUAAAAUUGAUUUCAUAUUGUGUUUCUUAGAACUAUUAACUACUGUUGUUACUGCUAUAAUUUCCAUCGAUAGUAGUAAUACUACUAUUUCUUCUUAAACUGACAACGGUAACAGCAGUUAUACUGUUGUUGCUGCUAUAACUUCCAGCAGUAGUAGCAGUAAUACUGCUAUUACUGCUAUAACGUUCCAGCUAUAAUGUUAUAGAAGUAAUAGCAGUAAUACUGUUACUGUUGUUACUGCUCUUUUGCCAACUACGCCGGUGAUAACCCAGUUUUAUCGGUUAUCAAUUAUUUUAAAUAUCAUAUACUUUUUUCCAGAUUUAAAAGCUUUUAAGUAGUGUUCAAAUAUCUUUUGGUUUUCAAAACAGAAUAAGAUGUA